AUGUCUGACAAGGCCCUCAAACCCCUAGUUGCUCAGAUAAUACACCGGUCCCAUGAAGCAGGCAUGAGCGUUGAGCCAUUUCUUGCAGAUUUUGUUGCGCGCUACAUGUUACUUGCAUAUGCAAGCUUUCCACCCGGUACCUCUGACUUGUCUGGGGGAGAAUUUGAUAGGAUGCUUAAUUUAUCUGUGUCCCUCAUUACGGGGUCGAAUGGCCCGCAUACAACCCCAGCGGAUACCACGUCGCAUACUCUUCGGAUACUGGCCACACAUAUUAGCGAAUUUACGUCCUAUCAUGCUCAGCUGGAAGAGAGCCGCUCAAAUGUCGUCAAGCAAUGUAGAGACACCUUUGAGUUACUUUCUCGUGCAGACCAGGUCGAUUCCAUCUAUGCCCACCUGGAAGCCCUAGUCACCGCUAUUCAUCAGCCUCUAAAUGUUUUCGGCGCAACGUCUGAUAGCAAGCUCCUGUCAAAUGCCCUCAAGGUUUCCCUCAACUCUGUGCUGCCACACUCAGACGUUCUGGUCUUCAGGGACAUGCUACUAAAAGAGAACAGCUUGGACACUAAUGGACAACAGAACCACGUGGGAAUAAAGCAGCUUGGAGAGCUCGUAGAUGUUGUUUCUGGAGUUACAGUAGUCGGAGACCCUCCCCUAUCUCAACUACAGGCUUUAGAACACUCCAUCUCUACUCUUGUUCGAGCCGUGGAUGUACAGUAUGCACAAAUAUGUGGGAUUUAUACUGGUUCUGUCAUACCACUGAUGUUAUUUGCUAUCGACCUAGGCUCAUGCGGAGAUCCCUCUCUCCAGGCCAAGUGUCGCGAAACGAUAAUUUACAGUAUUAACAGGGUUAGCAUUGUAAAAGCCUUUGCUUACUUUGUCAGAGAAGUCCGCGUGCUCUCUCUCAUUAUUUCGAAGACAUCUGAGGAUAUUCGGCAUGGAAUAACCGCGUUGCAGAAGUUGCUGAACGAACGCGAGUCGGUGCCGAAGUCACACGUAUACCCAAAGUUUUCCCUGAUUGCACGCCAGCACAGAGAGAUAUACUUUGCAUGUAACUCUCUGAACCAACUAAAGCACUGGCAUACCAAGCUUAUGGCAUUCAUUGACGAUUAUGGGUUUACAAUCUUACCAGAGGUGAGCGCAAAGUACCCGCUUUAUACAAUGGAUGAACUCAAUGUCGCCAGGACAUGGUAUCAAAAGACGUACAGUGUCCUCAGCACAUCCACACCCAUCUUUCCGGUACUUGAAAAGCUCGAUGAGACUACGGUUAAUUCCCGUAUUCUUCGGUUUAGUAUAAACAUGUCGUCCAAGAUAGGAACUACAGCAAACCCCCUUCCAUACAUCAAGACCCUUACCAACUUUGGCCCGCUAGAUGGUGAAGAUCUGUUUGGAAUUAAUUACCUGUUUGGCGGCAUGGACCCUGUUCUUUGUUUUAGUCCCGCAGUUAGUAGGCCAGGUGCACCCUUCCCCGUGGCCCUUCCAGGAUAUUCUACGUCUCUGAAGAAGGGCAGUGAGGUGCAAACAAUGAAUACUACAAACCUCAGUCUAGGGAAUGACCAAGCGGAGCUGAGUCAGGCGCUGAAAAUGACGCCUUCAGAUCUCGCCUCACAGAUCCUUUCUCUUCCAGAGGGAGACGGCCACGCCUUUGUGGCGUUCUCCUCUGUUCUGACUAGGAGUAUUUUCCUGGCGAACCCUAUAUUGUUCAUGGCGUCACUUCUGUCCCUGUCCUUGUCAUCUCCAGAGUUUCUACCGCUUAUCUUGCUCAUGGACUUGUCCCGUGUCUGCACCAUUCUCCAGAACGAUCUCCUCAAUAAAGAUAAAGAUGCGAUCGUGCAGGAGCAGGGCGAUUAUCAAAUCGAUCUCCACCCCUGUUUUCACAACGGUGUUACGGACGUCAGUCCACCUGUUAACAAUAUGGCAAGCAUGGUAUUGACAGAGAGCAGCGACAAAAAGAUGCAGUCAGACUCAUGUACAUUUCUUCGUGGUGUUCCUGGCUUCGUCCCUUUGGUUAAUAAGACAAUCAUGGUCAAGUACUUGUCUCUUACAGAAGCCCUCACCGCAAAUGAGACAACCCACUACGUGCUCAAUUCGCCAUUCACCAUUAAAGAUGUCUUGGGUGAUACAUUUCUAACUGCGUACUCUAGUAUGUGUUCUGAGGACGUGUUUGUUCAGUAUCGACGGCUGGACUCCAUGCUUUCAACCAUAUCAUCAGAUGACCUCGUCAUAGUUGGAGCUGAUGGGACAUCCAGGCGUCCGCGGCCAAGUGACGAUGCCAAAGGUACCAGGCCUUCUGCUACCAAGUACUCAUCAGCGCUACCACAGGAGGCUGCUAUACAGACCCCCCUGCACUUCUAUGAGCGAAACAUUGUCCCGGGGUAUACUUCGUCCGAAUGGGAAUUGCGGGCAAGGGCGUUGAGGCUCUAUCAGAUCAAGCAGAAGGCAACCCAUACUACGCAGACUGCAAAGAGCACCUUUAAGGCUGUAGUUGGAACGGAAACCGUGGAGCACACAGACAAGUCUGCCCAAAGCUCUGUUGACGCGUCGACACACGCCACGACACACUUCAGGUAUAUAACCAGGCCCGUUUCUAGUGCAUUUUGUGAUAGCAUUGCAGAAAAAGCAUCUCUGGCUGCAUCAGAAGUCAAGCGGAGUGCCCAAGUUGUGAUGGAGCUGAAUUUUGACGAUAUAACUGCCCAGGCGAACAAAUACAAGGCGAUUCGAAGUGCUUAUAAAAGCUAG